AUGGAAUCUCAUAAGAAAGGACAAACAGUUCGCAGCGAAGCCCGGACUAUGGUAAGAAAUGUUAUUUCGAAAUGCGACGAAGAAGCGAGGAAAGGUCAGCUUCUUCAUCCGCUAUAUCAAUCCAAUGCACGAAUUGCGGAGUACACUAACUUAUCCAAGAGGACAAUUACGAGAAUACGAAAAGAAAGUUCCGAUUUCGACAAAGGAACGCCGUUACCAUCGCCGGGAACGAAACGACCACGGAGCAUUGACAAAAAGUUUCAUUGUACGGAGGAGGAGCGAAGUAUCGUCAGAAAUAUUAUUUAUGACUUUUACAUUGAAAAGAAAGUCGUACCGAGUGGGCCGAAAUUAUUGGUCGCAAUCCGCGAAAAAAUUUAUUUCCCAUGGAAAAUCCAUACUUUGUACAGACUAUUAAAAUCUAUGGGUUUCAAAUGGAGAAAGAGUAACAAUAUUAGAAAGGUGUUAAUCGAACAACCAAAUAUCGUUGUCUGGAGAGGGAAAUAUUUAAAAGCGAUCGACCAUCAUCGGAGAGAAAAUCGGAAUAUUGUGUACAUCGACGAGACGUGGGUAGAUAACACGCUGAGUUUUAGUAAAUGUUGGAAAAGCGACGAUAUGCCUGGCGUAUUGCAAAAUACGAAUUCUUCCUAUCGGCUGAUAAUUGUUCACGCUGGUGGGAAGAAUGGAUUCGUAAAAGGAGCGGAGCUUAUUUUUGAAGCCAGCUCGACAAGCGGCGAUUAUCACGGACAGUUGAACGCCGAUAAUUUCCAAAGAUGGGUGCUGGAGAAGCUUAUACCCAAUAUUAGUCCGAAUACGGUAGUAAUAAUGGAUAACGCUCCUUAUCACUCUCUGCAAAUAAAUAAAGCGCCAUCCAAGUACGCUAAGAAAAGAAAUGAUCGACUGGCUGCUGGAAAACAAUGUUCCUCAUUCGAUGAACAUGGGGAAAUCGACGAAAUCUUAAGAUUACACGGGCACAGUGUGCUAAGACUGCCACCGUACAUGUGCGAACUAAAUCCUAUAGAAUUGGCCUGGGCACACAUGAAGAGAAAAAUACACGAAAAAAAUCCAUCGUCGCUUUCGCUCCAUCAAUUGACAAUGUUCACGCAAGAAGCGCUUAAUGAUAUUCAACCAAGCGAUUGGGAGAAAUUUUGUAAGCAUACGGAAGACAUCGAGAAGAAGUAUUGGGUGAAAGAUAAUUUGUUAGAAGAAAUUAUAGACGAUUUAACUUUCAAUACAGAAACUAGUCACUCAGAAAGGAGUUCGGAUUACAACAGUUCCUCAGAAGAUCUCUCCAGAAAUGAAUAA